AUGGUUUCCUGGCCCGCGAUCUGUGGUAUAAACAUACCCAAGACCACAUCACCUGCAAGGAGACAAGGGCCUGAUCUUUCUCUCCCAAUGCUUAUCAUUACACUCCUCACUCUACUUCUUGCCCUCGCACCUGGGGUCACUCAUGCUCAAACCUGUAAAUGUGGGUACAAGGACUCGAGUGGGAGUGUAUGGCGUGAAGCUAUCAUCUCUACCUUCACCCAAGCCGGAGGGGCACUCGCGGCGCUCAACACUGAUUGGAUUAUUUCGACUGACACCCUAUCUCAAUCAUCACCUGCAACGGCGAACGUCAAGUACAUCACUGCCAACGUGAUGGAGUUCAACGACGCUUUGGGUCUGAAGGCUUCUGCGUACGAUAACAGUGGUUCAGUCAAAUGUGCUGAGAUUUUUACCAAGAGAUCCGAUAUCAAAUAUGGCUCUUUCAGGAUGCAAGCUCAAAUCCCUUCCAUCCCGGGAGCGGUCUUCGGAUUCUUCACCUAUAUCAACGACGCUCAGGAACAAGACAUUGAGUUUCUCUCUGCUGAAACGGAUUACUAUCAACGCGUUCAUUACACUAAUCAGCCGGGAAGCACUUCUGGCGCAGCUUUGAACGUCGUGAUCCCGGGGGCAGACUUCACAACUUUUGGAACUCACCAAAUUGACUGGCUUCCAUCUAAAACCGUUUAUUCUUACGCCGGGUCGGGUUUAACGUCUACCAAAUCAAUCACUAAAAAUGUCCCGACGACGCCAUCCGAGUUUGUCCUCAACGUUUGGAGCAAUGGCGACCCGAAUUGGUCGAGAGGCCCUCCGAUUGCGGAUGCCAUAGCCACGGUACAAUGGGUUCAUCUGUACUUCAACUCCACCACCUUAUCUGAGGCGGCCUUCAAUUCGGUGUGUGCAGCUGCUGGACACCCUGCUCCGUGCAACGUGUAA